AAGCGGGAAGAGGAGGCGGAUUAAUUUGUGUGUCAACUGAUAAGUGUGUAAUCAACAUAGAACGAAAAUGCCGAAAUCAAUUGAUCUAUUUGGUUUCUUUGCUUUAGGACUGAUGACGACGAUCUGCUAUGGUUUGGAAGACUGUCCGAUCGACUGGAAAAUGUAUGAGUCGGUCUCGAAGGAAAAAGCGCUGAUAAAAUGUCUCCUGGAUCGCUACAAGAAUUACAGCACCGUGGGCAGGCCGGUUACCAACACAUCCGACAUGAUCUCCGUCGAGUUCGGGCUCAGUCUCAUACAGAUAAUGGACGUGGACGAGAAAAACCAGGUCCUGGAGACAAACGUUUGGUAUACAUAUAAAUGGACAGACGCCUUACUACAGUGGGACCCCGAAAAGUUUGAUGGUCUCCAGAAGAUAAUGGUUCCCCCAGAGAGCGUCUGGAUCCCGGAUAUAGUCCUCUAUAACUUCGCUGACUCACGUCUGAAGGAGCAACGCACAGCACUUGUCAACGUAUUCAGUGACGGCGAAAUUCUCUGGAUGCCUCAAGCCAUAUUACGGAGUACAUGUGCCUUCAAUUCCACGUGGUUCCCGUUUGACGAAGCUGUUUGCUACUUGAAAUUUGGUUCAUGGACGCACGAUGGGACCAAAAUGGAUAUUAAUUUCUUUGAUGGAAAAGAACAUUUUAUGGUGAUGGAUUUCGUGAAAGGGAAUGAAUGGGACAUGAUUGGAAAUUAUGGAAACAAAACUGUGAAAAUAUACGAAUGUUGCAAAGACGUACCUUAUUUGGAUUUAAAGUUUUAUGUCCGCUUAAAGCGGAAAACAGCAUUUUAUAGAUUUAUCUUACUCCUGCCUUGCGCUUUGCUUUCAUGUUUAACAUUAACAAUAUUUUGGGUCCCGCCUGAAUCACCCGCUAAGUUGCAGCUUGGUAUGAACAUUUUUGUGGCAUUUUUCGUACUGCUUCUACUGUUAUCGGAGUCCACUCCAAAAGCUGCGGAGUCCAUUCCACUUAUCGGGGCGUACUUUUGCCUGUCCAUGGUGAUGAUAACCAUGUCAACUGUGUUGUCAACGGUUAUAGCCAACAUGUUCUUCCGGGGCGUCCGAAUCAACCGGGCUCCCAGGUGGCUCAGAUUUCUGAUGAUAGACAUAAUAGCAAGCGUGUUAUGUCUCAAGAAAGAUUUAGUGGAGCCAGAAACACGAACUGAAAAUCAGAAUAAUUACAGUUACAAGACCGGGAACCAGUGUAGCGAUGAGAUGAGAUAUGCGAAACUACGCCUUCUUGACAACGGGCGAGAAAGCAAGAACCACACCGUCGGAUUCGGUGUGUCUGCGAGUGACUCUGAGCAAAACAACGUGCAUUGUGGCACAAGCCAUGAGAUGUCUCUUAGCCAGUCGCUGUCGGAUGACAUUCACACAAUAAGACUUAUUCUUGAACAGAUCAAUGAGAAAAGGGCAAAAGCAGAAAUGAGAGAGAAAUGCUUGAGAGAGUGGAAGGUGAUUUGCUGUGUGACAGAUAGACUCUUCUUCAUAUCUUAUCUCUGUAUCAACAUCAUUGGUAUCGUUGUUAUCUUCUUUGGCCAGAAUAAUUGACCCCUAUAUAAUGUUGGUAUCAUUCGAACCGGUAUUACUUGCGUGUUAUGUAAAAUAAUUAACCGAAAAUGCAGUAAACAUGAAUAUAUUGCUGACUGUAUUAGGCUUUUAUUUUAACAAAAAUCGGACCUUAAGUUACCUAUUCUGCAAUCAGUCAAGGUCAAAUCAAAUGUUCGUUCUUGUAUCACUUUUACGUAUUCCUUCCCGGUUCGAUGAUACUAAAGUAUAUGGGGUUAACACGCAUCUAAAUUUCACAUAUUAAUGUAGAAGUACCUUAAUAUUGAUUUGUAAAGAUAACGGAUAUGUCAAAUAAGGGCGUUUUUGUUAAUACCAAACUAAAUUCAGUUUUGGUUUCAAGAGUAUCGGCGGUUUUGAAACAUGUUUCGAAAGUUUUGCUCGAAGUAACAAUUUUUCUGUGUACAGCUUCAAAAACAUUAUGGAGUUUUUGUAUGUAUGCAUUAUUUCUUAAUUUCUUCAUGACAAUGAUACCGCAUAUACUCGUUUACCUGAUUUAACUAAUUGGUGUUUCAACAUACGUGCUGGAUCACUGUCGUCCGCACGGGUGUGUGUUUUUUCAAAGUGAGAUAGUUUUCGGAUGGAACGAACCGACGCAACUGCCUCCGGGGAGGGUUACUAUAGUUUCAAAUUUUCAUUUUAUCUGAAAUCGUCAUAACAAACACACAUUGCGUGAAACCAAUAUAAAACCAAAACUUGUUUAUUACCAACAAAAACGCCCAGAGCCUCUGUUUACGAAGAUGCAUGUGUACUUGCUCGUGUAUUUUUUUAAAAAGUGAGGUAAUUGUGUAUUGCAGUUUGAAUUUAGAAGGGUAGGAACGUGUUUUCCAUAUAUCAGUUUGCUGAAAAGUAAGUUGAUGACUAAUCAAUAGAUAGUCAUGAAAUAUUGAUGCCAGUCAAGUCUUAUUUUAGGAAUUCAAUUCCAUUGCAGUAUGAUUCAAGGUUAAUACGGCCAUACAUGAUUAAUACUACAUCAUCUGAUAGUAGUCUACGAAUAAAGAAAAAAUCACUUUAAAAUCAAAAAUGGCAUUUGACCAAAACAAUCCAAGAAACAAGUGCACGUUAUGUUAUUUAGAUCUAGAUCAACACUGUAUAUUCGUGUAUGGUAUGCACACAAAAAAUACAUGAACGUGUAAUUGACUGAACUUGAAUUGUGUGAAUACAAAACAUCUUAAUAUACUUGUAGUGUGGGAUGUACUUUAGCAGGCUGCUGAUUCCAACGUCCUAAAGGUCAGGUCACAGUUUCUCGAAAAUUCUUGACUGCGAACACUAAUUAAAUCCAGUGUAUAUUGUAAAUGAAAAUGAAAGCAAUCCUUGUUUUAAAAUAUUUUGAUUUAUUUAUAAAUAGCAUAACCAAAUUGUGUGUGCUAACGUCCGGAGCAAGUAGGCUAUUCUCCAUCGAAAACAACCACGAAUGUAUAAGGACGGUUUUCAAUGUCAGAAUUCUAAACUACGUAGAACGCGUAGUAAUUUCCAUUAAGCAGUAAAACCUAAGGACUUUACUAUUAUGAAUCAUAACUAUUUAAUUAGUGAAUCACUUCACUGGAAACCAAGUUGAACUUAAGUAAUGCAUAUUACACGUAAAACACUACAAUAAAUUAAUAUUAUUAAUAUUAUUACUUUUAUCAAUUUUACAAACUAAUUACAGUGUAAUAAAGUUCAUUAUUUUGAGCCAUGCAAGACUGUAAAGUGGUAAAAUAAGCUAAGUAUUUUCGAGAAACCGGGGCAGAGGAUCUUAAAAAGCACCAAAUCAAUUGAAGAACAACUUUUCAAGUUAAUAUAAUUAAUAUACAAGAGUGUUUGUAAGCGUUAAAGCGACUAGACACCAAACGGUAGUGCAAGAAAAACAAAAAAUUGUCAAAAACUUACGUUGGGUACAACGCAUUGAAUCUUACUUACCGGUGUAUCACAUCGUUAACGACACAUUUGUCUUUUGAAGGUUUUGCGUAUUGUUCUAAUUAGAAAUUUACUGGGUUUGUCUACCACUUAAAUCCCAGUUAAUUUAAAAAUAGCGGAGGUAUAAAUGUAGCUGUACUAGUCACGUGACUUUUACAUGCUAGAUAUGCACACUUUUAAAGGGGGAAACUCAGCUGAGACAGCGACAAAAUAUACUUUUUAUCAUGUAAAAUAUCGGCCUCAUACUAGCUCGUAUUGACAAUGUUAGGCUUCUUUUGUGAAAAUAAUGUAUUUGCCGAUUUGUGAACAAUCUAAUGUCUAGUCCCUUUAGAAUAUCAAUGAAACUGGUCUUUGCGGUGGACCAUUUAAUUGGAUUAAUAUAAUUAUUACAAGCACACAUCGUUCGGUUCAGUUUUAAAAAACAACAACAUAAAAACCGUAGACUAUAUUUGCACAAUAUUUUUUGUAGAUUAAAUAGGAUUUUUUAACUUCUAUUAUCUCAUUAGAAAAAAAAAUAGUAUUCAAACACUAAUCAUAUUUGUUUGUUUAGAAGUCGUCAUGAAUAAUAACAAUCCAUAUGAGAUCGUUAUAUGUUGCUACAUAAUGCUUAGUUUCAAAUAGCGAAACAGACAAGCGCUUUAUUUGUGAAAGUUAAGAAGCUGUUGUUUUCGCAAGAUAAAAUAACCAUAUUUUACAAUUAAAGUCAUAAGCAUUCUAAAUUUAGGGUAUGUUCACGGCAGCUCAUACUCAGCUAUUAGUCCGCCCAAUGUAAGAAAUAAGUGCUGGUACCUAAAAUCUUUGGUUUGAUAAUAUACAAGUCUUAUAUAAAGCAAGUAUAUACACUAUGGGCCGAUUGGUCAGAACUUUGAUAGAGUUAACAACGUUUUUAUCGCAAUCAUUGAAAACUUUCAAAUCGUUCUUGUUGUAGAAGUUGGAUACACCAAUACAUUCUGUAUUUCUAACAAUAAUUGAGACAUCUGUUUUAGGUGGACUUGUUUGUAGUUUAACAUAUGAGCACAUUAUCAAAUAUUUCACGUUUUAAAACUAACCAACGAUGUCCUUAAUUAAGUUGUGAGCAAAGUUCUGAACAAUCUGCCCAGACAUGUGUUCUAUUUCACCAGACAAUUUGGAAAUGCUUGAUAAAAAAUAAAUAGGUUGAGAAUGUGACAAAUGACAUUUAUUGGUCCUUUUUUUGUUAAUUUAAUAAAUAAAAAUGAUUGUGGCCGCAUAUCUUACCAUCAAAAACGUUUAAACCACAUGUUUUUGUGUUUGCAUGUGAAAAGCUAAACGUGGGAAAGAUAUAGAUAAGAUGCUGGUGAAUUCAGCGGCUAAAUAUAUCAAAUUCAUCAAAAAUAGCAAAAAAGGCCACUUUUUUUACAAUCUGAAUAUAUUUUUAAAACAUAAUUCUUUAUUAAUUGGUGGAAGAGAAAUUUCAUUAUCAAUGGCGCAAAGGUUAUUUCAAUAUACGCUUCAAACAAUACAAUGGCUUUUUUUUAUGUUGAGAAUGUUCGGGGCAAAUAAUGAACCUAUCUGUUUGGAAACAUUUUGUGCGCGUUACAUAUAUACUUUCAAUGUUUGCAGUGUGGUAGUAUUCAUCAAACUAUUGUGUUUCACUAAACAAUCCAUCGUGUAUUAGGAAAACACAUGAAAAUGCAUUGAAAUAAAAAAAAUGCAUCAACUUUUAUUAUGCGCCUUUGAUAUAUAAGCUUAAAUGCGCGAUUUUGGACCUUCCGACAUUAGUAUUAUAAAUGAUAUAAUCAAAGAUAAAAUAAUGCCAAAAAGGGAUUUUUUAAUGCGCAUUGAUUUCUUCCAAAAUAAUAAUUUAGAUGAUUGUCAUUGGCACAUAAUUUUAUUGACUAUUUUUUACAAUGAAUGAACUCAUGUUUAAAUAAAAAUAAAAUUCUAAGUUAGUUAGAAUUAUGAUAGAUUUAUUAUUAUGCGUGUCAUUUCAAUACUGGAAGUUAUGUGUGUUACAUUUAUUACUUGUAAAACACAUAUUUUACUCAAUUUAAAAUAAAAAUCAUCAUGGCAUUUCCAGUAAUGAUUCCUGAAAGGUCAUGUCACACAAAUACCCAAUAAUUCAAUACAAAGCAAAUGUAAGUCCGAAGGCCCAAAAUCGCGCGUUGCGGCUACAUUAAAUCGCACCGCAUCACUCGCCGCUUAGCAAAGACCGCUUACACUGAACUUUGCAGUGAAAUCAGUGAAUGAAGCACAUAUAUUCUCAAAAGCAUAUUGAAUUUUGUGUAAAACAUGCUUAAAAUGAUUAAUUUUCAUGUCAUUUUUGCUCAACUUCUCACACGCAGUAUCACCAACAAAUCCAUGUGCUUGUUAUUUUCUAAAUGGCGUGCUUCAGCCAGUAUUAUCGUUGACAACGGCAAACAAAACAAGUUCACUAAUAUACUUGGCAACUCUUCUAACUAUAUCCCUGAGACGUUUUGACUAAAUGCAUUUUUUUUAUAUCAAACGUUUAGUUUUGGUUUAUCAUCUGAAAUUUACAUAAAUAUAUUUCCCUGAUUUCCACAAUCAUGGUUAGGUUUUAUCAACUACAUCACUAUGAGAUCCUGAUUUAGUUAUGACACCAUUCGCAAUGAGAUCAGGAUUUUGUUAAUGUAACCAUUUCGAAUGAGGUCAGGAUUUAGGUAAUGUUACCAUUCAAAAUAUGGUCAAGAUUUUUUUUAACGUCACCAUUAACAAUGAGGUCAGAAUUUGGUAGAUGUCACCAUACACAAUGUGGUAAGGAUUUUGUUAAUGUCACAUUUCAUAUAAGGUCAGGAUUUUUGCAAAUGUCACCAUUCGCACUGUAGUCAGGAUUUUGUUAUUGUUACCAUUCACAAUGAGGUCAGGACUUAGCUAUUGUCACCAUUUCCAAUGAACUAAUAAUUUUGUAAGUGUUACCAUUCACAAAGAGGUCAGGAUUUGCUGAUGUCAUUAUUUGCAAUAACUUUGAAUUUUGUAAAUGUCACCAUACACAGUGUGGUUAGGAUUUUGCUAGAUGUCACUAUUUGCAAUAAUUCAGAAUUUUGUAAAUGUCACCAUUGGCACUGUAGUCAGGAUUUUAUUUAUGCUCCCAUUCACAAAGAGUUCAGGAUUUUGCUAAUGACACCGUUUCAGAUGAAGUCAGGAUGUUGUUAAUGACGCCAUUCACAAUAUGGUCAGGAAUUUGCUAAUGUUACCAUUUGAAAUGAGGUCAGGAUUUUGUUAUAUGAGGUCAGGAUUUUGUAAUGACACCAUUUGCAAUGAAGUCAUGAUUUUUAAAAGUCACCAUUCGCAAUGAGGUCAGGAACCUGUUAUGACUUCAUCUACAACAAUGUCUGGAUUUUGUUAUUACACCAUGUGGUCAUAUAUCUACUAAAUCUACUAUAUAUAUCAAUAAUUCCAAUUUCCAUAGUCAAAGUAUUGAAAUAUAAUAAAUGAAAACGAAUAAAGGCUUUAGUUAGUCCGGUUGCCAAGUAUUAUCACAUGGGUUGACGAUUAUCAUGUGACAUGUGUAUAUUAUAUAAUAUAUAUUCAAUCGAAUUCUGCCACAGUCUGACGCUGUAUCAACAUUGUAAUAAUAAAACUUUUUCUUGUAAAGAAUUCUGACACCGUCUUAUAAACGAGCGAACGACGAAUUUCAAGCCAAACAAUUUUAUCUUAAAUAAUUUAUCAAUACUACCAGGAAAUAUCAAACGUUCAAGAGCCUCGUACUCGACCUUUAUUAAAUUUAAAGUUGUGUGCCGUGCUACAUUUUCUUCUGUUGAUCAUGGUAAUGAUCGGUUAUGCAUGUACAAAGUUCCAUGUGAAUGGCAUGAACAGCUAUUGAGCAAUAACACAAAUUAAAGAUUUAGCACGACGGCGAUGUCGAAGACCAUUCGGAACUCCUCGGCCAUUUUUAUCAAAAACAUCUCGGAUGUAUUUGGACGGUUUACAUACUCAAAAAGUGGUACGUUUUAGUCCGAGGUUGUUUUCGAUAAAAAUGGGCGAGGAGCUUCGAAUAGUUGAAGACAAGCCAUAUAUGUCAAUACCUAUGAUUCUAUAUUCGGGAGGCGAAACCGCUCGUUAGGCUCGUUGAAAAGGCGGGAUCAUUGUUCUCGCUAUCUGACUUUAUUAUUGGUGAUAUAAUUCUCUGGAAAUACUCAAAUGUUGCACUCAAUUGUGAAACCAUAUACUCUUUCAUGUUAUAUGUUACAAAUCAUUGCCGUAUUAUGCAAUUAUAACUGUGUAUUUCUGUACUAUUUUGGUUAAACAAGUUGAAUAAA